CGCAGCCGCCGCGCCAGCCCCGGCAGCCCCGCACCGCCCGCGCGCCCGCCCGCACGGGCCGCCGCCGCCAUGAAGGACCGGACCCAGGAGCUGCGCAGCGCCAAAGACAGCGACGAUGAGGAGGAGGUGGUGCACGUGGACCGCGACCAUUUCAUGGACGAGUUCUUCGAGCAGGUGGAGGAGAUCCGCGGCUGCAUCGAGAAGCUGUCGGAGGACGUGGAGCAGGUGAAGAAGCAGCACAGCGCCAUCCUGGCUGCCCCCAACCCCGACGAGAAGACGAAGCAGGAGCUGGAAGACCUGACGGCCGACAUCAAGAAGACGGCGAACAAGGUGCGCUCCAAGUUGAAAGCCAUUGAGCAGAGCAUCGAGCAGGAGGAGGGGCUCAACCGCUCCUCGGCCGACCUGCGCAUCCGCAAGACCCAGCACUCGACCUUGUCCCGCAAGUUCGUGGAGGUGAUGACGGAGUACAACGCCACCCAGUCCAAGUACCGCGACCGCUGCAAGGACCGGAUCCAGCGCCAGCUGGAGAUCACUGGCCGCACGACCACCAAUGAGGAGCUGGAGGACAUGCUGGAGAGCGGGAAGCUGGCCAUCUUCACCGACGACAUCAAGAUGGACUCCCAGAUGACGAAGCAGGCGCUGAACGAGAUCGAGACCCGGCACAACGAGAUCAUCAAGCUGGAGACCAGCAUCCGGGAGCUGCAUGACAUGUUCGUGGACAUGGCCAUGCUGGUAGAGAGCCAGGGGGAGAUGAUCGACCGCAUCGAGUACAACGUGGAGCACUCGGUGGACUACGUGGAGAGGGCCGUGUCGGACACCAAGAAAGCCGUCAAAUAUCAGAGCAAGGCUCGGAGGAAGAAAAUCAUGAUCAUAAUCUGUUGCGUGGUGCUGGGCGUGGUCUUGGCGUCGACGAUCGGGGGCACCCUGGGCUUGUGAACCCCCAGUGGUGACACGCACAUGCAGACACACACACACACACGCACAACACACUCACACAACACACAAUCCGCCCCCCCGCGCCCCCCCUCCCGAUGAUGAUGAUACCACGGCUCACGAUAACGAUAUUCCUCCUCCUCCUCCUCCUAUUACUGCUGAUGUAACGAGACAGUAACGAGCCCUAAUGAGGGAGCGGCGCCGCCCUCGGCAAAUCUAAGGGGUUUUGUUCACUGCCAUCUCGCCAUCCAUCGCUCCAUUUCUCCCCCCUCCCUUUUCCCCCAAACGCCUGGUUCCCCCCCCCCCCCGUCACUGCUGGGGGGUGAGGAGGGGUCCCCACAACCCCGGUGCCCGUCCAUGUCCUGGGGCCAGGGGGCUGGCAGUUUUCUAGUCCCCUCCGGGCAGGGGUUUGGCUGAAUACUGCCCCUUGGUGAGUACCAGAGCAUUGGUGCUGGGGCAAUACCAAGUAUUAUCUCCGCCAGUCCCCGUGUGGGGGUAUCAAGAGGACAUGCUUGAGGAUUGGGGUAUGAUCAGUGGGACACACCUGAGUAUCACCCCCAGAUGAGGGAGCAUUAUCCAGGGACAUGCUUGAGCAUUUGCCCCCCUGAGUACUAGGGUAUCCAGGAUGGGAUGUGCUUUGGUAUUGCCCCCAGAGGCUGGAGUAUUAGCGAGGGGUCUACGUGGGCAUUGCGCACAGAUGCUGAAGUGUUAGAGAGCAGAAAUACUUGAGUAUCUCCCCCCAGAUGCUGGAGCACCAGUGGUGGGACAUACCUGGGUGUUUCCCCCAGAUGUUGGAGCAUUAGGGGGCAUACUCAUACUCAGGGGUGUUAUCCCCAGGCCCUGGAGCAUCAGUGGUGGGACAUACUUGGGUAUUGUUCCCAGGUGCUGGAGUAUCAGUGUGUGUGUGUGUGUGUGUGUGUGUGUGUAGUCAAGUUUUGCCCCCAGGUGUUUGAGUAUUGGGAGGGGAUGUACUCGGAUAUCCCCACCCCAUGUGUUGGGGCACUGGUCAGGGGACAUACUCAGGUAGCGCCUCCAGGUGCUGGAGUAUCAGUGAGGGAGAUAUACUCAAGUAUUACCCCCAGAGGUUGGAGCAUUAGUGAGGGGACAUGCUGAAGUAUUGCUCCAGGUGCUGGGGUAUCAGCGAGUGGACAUGCUCCAGUAUUGCCCCCAGGUGUUGGAAUAUGGGGGUAUCCAUGCACUGUUGCUGAGUCAAAGGAAAGUCGGAGUCGUAAGGCUGACACUGGGGUAUUGCCCCUAAUACUCUAGUACUGAAGUGCCACUGCAUUAGGGACAGCCUGGCCGGGGCAAUGAGCUGUUGGGGAGGGGAAGCCCAGAGUAUUUUCUGGACGUGUCUAGAGUAACCAGCCCUUGCGGGGUUGGUAUUGAGGACCUGAGGGAGUCCAACGUGCCCAAGAGUAAGGACUGAGGCAUGUUGUGGAGUAUUAGUAGGCUGUUACCCUGGAGGGGGGUGGCGUUGAGAAAAUGAAUACCCAGGUACCAAGUGGGGUUGGGGGUAACUAAGUCCACAGUGUCAAGGGGUUGUGGCCCUGCCUGGGAAUGCUUUGGAAUGGAUGCUAUAGCAUCCCGGUAUGGCAAAGCAUUGAUACUCCAGUAUGGGCACAUGGCGGGGGGGGGGGAUCCAUAUCCCAUUGACCGAGAAAGUUGGCGCACUGAUAUUACAUUAAGGAAGACAGAGCAUCAAUCUACAAAUACUGGAGCGCUGACACUGUUGCUGUAUCUGGGAAUACUGGAGUAUCGAUAUUACCUGUUGCUGUAUUGGAGACUGUUGUUACCCUAUCCCGGAGUGCUGGAGUAUCAGUACUUGCUCGGCCCUUGAGCUACUGUUGCUGUAUUGGAGGGUAUUGUUACUGUAUCUGGGAAUACUUCAGUAUUGAUGCUACCUGGGUUAUUGAGUUGGUGUUGCUGUAUUGGGGGGUAUCAUACCCUAUCUGGAAAUUGUGGAGUAUUGCUACUACCAUAGCCAUUGAGCUGGCUUUGCUGUACAGGGAGACCAUCUGGGAAUACUGGAGUAUUGAUACUACCUUGGCCAUCGGACUGGUUGGUGUUGCCUUACUGGGGACCUCGGUUAUCCUAUCUGGGAAUACUACAGUAUCGAUGCUGCCCUGAUGAAGAAGCAUUGGCGCUACUCUAUCUGGGAUACUGGAUUAACGGUACUACCACUGGCCAUUGAGCGGGUGCAUUUCAGAGUACCGUUACCCUAGCUAAGAAUACUGGAAUAUUGAUGCUAUUUUGGCCAAGAGGUGCGGACGCUGCCCUCUCAGAGUAUCAAUACUCCCUUGGCCACUGAGCUGAGAUUGCUGCAAUCUGGGAGUCUAAUUAGGUUGGGACCUCUGCCUGCUAGAAAUACCCACAAUAUUUCUUCCCCCGGGAGCAACCGUUUGAAAAGAUACUCCAGUAUUUUCACUUGGAUGAGGGUGGGGGGCUUCCUCCAUUGCAGUUUGGCUGUGGUCAUCAUAGCAAUUUCUGCAGCUACCCGCAAGGAUACCACGUCAAGAAAUACUCCAGUAUUCCCAGUCCCUUCUGUGUGUGCAGUACGUCUCUCGAAGCUGGGAAUGACUUCGAAGAGAUGCCUGGCUAAGGCACAUACUACAGUAUCCUGGAGUCACCACAAUACCCCUGGGACCAAAUCUACUAGACUAAUACAUCAGCGUGAGAGAGUAACACACAGGGGUGUUGGAAGUAGCCAUGCAAAUCGAAUGCAAAUCGAGAUGAAGGCCCAGGGUUUCAAUCGGAGACCGGGUGAGAGAAUACUUGAGUAAUACUGGCGUGGUGCUAGGAGAUACUCCAGGGUUUUGUUUUCGGGUUUUUUGCCAAAGGACAUAACCUCCCCCAGUCCCUAGAGUCGUCACCGAGUCCCUGACAUUGAUAUCGCCUGCACCUGGAGGUGCAGAUGUGCUGUAGUAUUAAUUACUUAUGUUGUCUCAAUUAAUUGUCAGCCUGCCUAAUUCUGGAACGGCCCCCGUGCAAUUCUGCGCUCAUAUUAGCUCCCCAAUGCUUCUUCACCUGCUAGGGUACCACACUGCGGUCGUUAGAUACCAGGGUACCACACCGUGGUCUUUAAAAACAGGGGUGCCACACUGUGGUAUUGUGUCGUGGCAUGUGAAUGCUAGGAUACCACACCAGGGUCAUUAAAUGCUACAGCAUGAUAUUUAAAUACUAGGGUGUCGUGCUGUGGUCUUUAAGUAUUAGGGUACCAUGCUGUGAAAUUUAAUUGGAAGGUUAUCAUCCUGUGGCAUUUGAAUGCUAGGGUAUCGUGGUGUGGUCAGUAAAUGCUAGGGUAUCACUACAUGAUGUUCAAAUACUAGGGCAUUAUGCUAUGAAAUUCAAAUAUUCGGGUAUCAUGCCAUGAUAUUCACAUACUAGGGCGCGGUGUGGUGGCAUUUAAAUGCUAGGGUAAUGUGCGGUGGUAUUUCAAUACUAGGGUAUCAUGCUGUGGUCAGUGAAUGCUAGGGUGCCAUGCCAUGGUAUUCAAAUACUAGGGUAUCGUGUCGUGAUACUUAAGCACUAGGGUAUUCUGCUGUGUUAUUUAGGUACGAGAGCACCACACUGUGGUCAUUAAAUGCUAGGUACCACACCAUGGUCAUUAAUUACAAUAUUAUAAUCAUUAUAAUAAUUAUAUAAUUGCUGUAAUGAUAAUAGUAACUCAAUAAUUAGAAUAUUAUAAUGCUUGCUAUACUUGUGGCAAUUUCUCUAGUAAAAGUGUGUGUGUGUGUGUGUGUGUGUGUGUGUAUCUGUCUGUCAGUGUAUCCAUCUAUCUGCCUAUCAAUAGAUGGAUAGAUGAGCGCCGAAAUUGUUAUAAUAAGUAUAACGAGUAUUAUUUUAUUCAUAUAUAUAUAUGUGUGUGUGUGUGUGUGUGUGUAAAUGGGUAUGUGUAUAUGUGCAUGUAUACACACACACACAUGCACACACACACUGCUUUUUUCUUUGGAAAUUUAUGCUCACUCCCAUUCAUACUUAAAAAAAAUAAUACGUUCAUAUAUAUUUUUAAAAAGUAAUAAAAAUAUAUUUAUACUUUUUUAAAAAAAGGAAUAAUAAUAGUAGCGUGUUAUUAGUAACUAUUGCCAUAAUUAAAUAUGUAAAUAUGCAAAUAUUUAACCAUCUAAAGAUUGCCCUAAUGUACAGUGAAUCAUUGCUCCCAGGUAUGGAAAUACUGCCAUAAUUUCAAUAUUUAAACAUUUUAACACUGCUUAAUUUAAAGCGAAUCAUAGCUCCCCAGUUCUGGAAAUAUUACCAUACUUGACAGCAAUGUCUCUCUCUUUGGUCAUAGACAUAUUACCAUAAUUUCCUGCAAAUCACUGCUACCCCAGCGAUCAUUAGCUCCCCUAGCUGGGGAGGGGUGAUCGGCUAUGAAUUAUGGUAAUAUUGCUAUAACCAGAGAGGAACAAUUAAUGCUAAAUUAUGGCAAUGUUUCUAUAUUGCCAUCAUUUCCCGUGAAUUGAUGCUCUCUGGUUACAGAAAUAUUACCAUAAUUCCCAGCCAAUCACCCCUCCCCAGUUAAGACAGCCGUAUAAACCAGGAGAGCAGUGCAAAAACAUAUAUAUAUAUAUAUAUACCUCUAGCAGAAUUCCCUUGGGGGGAAAAAUACUCCAAAGAUACUCCAGACCCCCACCCCUUAAAAAUCAGCCGUUACCCACAUGAGUGUAGCCCCUGGAGGAACCCGGCUCUACACAAAAGCAGCGCUAUUCCAUGAGUAUCGAUUGUGGAGCUAUGACAAUGCUAGAGUAGUAUAAAUUGAUAGGAGCAGACACAAAUGCUGCCAAAUAAAUACCCCGAGGAAAGCAGCUUGGUACUUCUAGCAUGAACGUGGCUUUCCAGGCCCCUUUGAGAAGUACUCGGGUAACACCGUGUGCUGUUGCUUUUUGGGGUGCAGCGAUCGUAGAGAGAAGCCAUCUCCCCCUCUGCUAGCAUGCGGCAGUAAUUCUAGCUGAAUACGCAGCUCUCGGGUCACUCGCUGCGAUGCUAAAAAUACUGAGGCAUUGCUGAGUAAUGGCUAACAGCAUGAUGCUCCCGGAGAGCAAAGUCUGUGGGCGCCCAGAGGUGCGCCUGCCCUCUGUUAGCCCUUUCGAGAAGUCUGGAGUAUUAAUACUCACCAAAGUACUGUUUAAUGAUGACCAGGCUGCGCCCUCCCACCCAGAGCCUCUGAGAAAAAUACUUGAAUAUUAGCAACGUGGCCCGUGUUCAAGAUUAAAUAUGAGUGCAAACCAGCUACAAAAACAUUGUAUUUCUUUCAGCACCAUCUUCGUGGCUGGCCGGCCAUUUUUGCCCUGUGAUAAUAACUCUGUUUCUGUAAUGUGCCUCCAUUUGCCAUGCACGGUAAAUGUAAUGGGUGCCGGGGCCAUAUAGAGCAAUACCGGGUAUUGCAGAGAGCACUGCUCCCCAGCCCUCAGGAUAGGUGAAGUCAUGAUGGAUUCAAUCCCGGAAGGAUUAAAACAAAGACCCUCCUCAUCCAAACACAAAUACCUGACUGACCUGGGAUACUUGUAGCUCUGAAAUACCCCCAGGGCAGGGACAUAUCAGGGGAAGAGCUACCCCAGCUUGCACCACAGGAGACACUGGAGCCUCUUAAGUCAGGGAGUGUGUUGGGAGUGUGUCUAAAUGAUAACUUCCAUCUCUACAGUCACCCAAAUGCCCCUUGGUAACAAUCCUGGAAUACUUUAAGAGCACUCCUAAACACUCAGCUACCCCUCGAUACCAGCUCACUGUUAGACCUGUCACUCCAGGAUGCCGUAGUAUUUUUGGGUAGUGAUAGGACUACUUGGAGAGGACCCCCAGGCACAUGAUACCCCCACUCCAGCAUGCUGUAGUAUUUUGGGGUAAUGAUAGGACUACUCUGAGCCUGCUCCCAGACACAUGGAUACCUCUCGAUACCAGCCCACCAUUAGGCCUGUCACUCCAGGAUGCUGUAGUAUUUCAGUGUAACAAAGAGUCCUCUGAGAGUACUCCCAGACACGUGAUACCCCCACCCCAGGACGCUGUAGUAUUUUUGGGUAAUGAUAGGACUACUCUGAGAGUACUCCCAGACACCAGCCCACCAUUAGGCCCAUCGCUACAGGAUGCUGUAGUAUUUCAGAGCAACAAUAAGAGUACCCCAAGAAUACUCCCCGAACUCAGAUACCCCUCAAUACCAGUCAUCCCAGUACAAAGAAACCCCCUCCCCACCUGGACCCUACCUCCUGCUUUUCCGGAGAGUGGGGGGUGUUGAAGAGCACCGCACGUGGGGGGCAUGCGCACACCUGCCAUGCGCGCACACCUGUGUGAUCACCCUUCCCCACCCAACACGCUGUGGCUGACAGGCAUAGAAAGGAGAGACGUAUGAUAGAGAGCACCACGUGUGUGUAUAUGCAUGUGUGUGUGUGUGUGUAGGCACACGCACUGUAGUGGCAGGACACCAGCUAUCGUGUGCAUGUGUUUGUACGUACACACCCUGUAGAGUUUGGCCAAUGGAUAUUGAGUGUGCUCCAGGGGAGCCGUGUCUUAUAUGCAGUGUACACCCAAUACCGUAUUUUCCCAUAUACAACAUGCAUCCCCUCCAAACCCCCAAAAAACAGUUCCUGGAAAUGGUGGAGCUCAUUAUAGGUGAGAAAUACAGUAAGAUCUGGCUCUGCCGGGAGGCAAGGGCAAUGUCUGCUCGCACUGCUGAUGAUACUCAGGGAAUUGUGGUAAGGGAAGGCCUUUCCCUUCUUCCUGCCUUUCGAGUAACAAGAUACACAUGCCCGUGCGUAUACGUGGGUGCCUGUAGAUGUGUGUACAUGUGUGAGAAAGCAUAGAGAAGUAAGGCUGGAGGGGAUACGCACACGGUUUUAUGUACCAAGGGCGUGUUGUUGUCGGGAACAUACGGUAUGAAGUCUUGGGUGCCCGUGUGCAGGGCAUUGUAACCGCACACUUGUAAUGUUGGUGUGUGCAUGGAGGUACAGAAGUGUGCCUGGGAUGGGAGGUCGACAUGUUAGACAUAUGGAGGCGCGUGUGUGUUUGGUGUGUACUUGCACCCCCCAUACGGUGUUAUAACUAUAUAGUGUGUGUGCGCGCGCGUAAGCCGGGCUGAGACGAGAUAGACAUUAUAGACCUCAUAUGUGUAGUUGUGUAUGUGUGUUUUGGCAUACACACACAUACAAACCCACACUAUUGGGUUGUAACUCUCUAGCAUGUGUGUGUGUGUGUGAGGAGAUAGGUGUGUAAGCCUGUUGGAGAUGGGAGAGAGACAUUAUAGACACGGUAUAUGGGGAAUGGUGUACAUCUAUACACACCCAUACUUUAGGGUUAUAGCACUGUUGUGUGUGUGUGUGUGUGUGUGUGAGAAAGAGGGAGAGAGAGGCAGAUGUCAUUAUAGAGAGAUGUGUGUGUGUGCAGACACACGUGUGUGUGUUCCUAGGUAAGUAGGUAUAUAUUGGAUCUAUUCAGUGUGUGCGUGUAGGUGCAUACAUUGCAUCUACUGUGUGUGUGUGUAGGUUAGAUAGGGGUAUAUAUUGUGUGUGUGUGUUGAUAGGUGUAUACAUUGCGUCUACUCUGUGUGUGUUGUAGGCAGAAGUAUAUACUGGAUCUGCUGUGUGUGUGUGUGUGUGUGUGUGUGUGUGUGUGUGUGUGGGCGGGCAGGCAGUUGUAUCUAUUGGAUCUAUUCUGUGUGUGUUUAUAGGUAUGUAUUUGAUCGACUCUGUGUGUGUGUGUGUGUGUGUGCGCGUGCGCGUGUGUGCACACUCAUUGGUAGGUAUUUAUGAAUUGGAUCUACUGUGUGUAUGUGCAAGCCACCAUAUUUGCCUAAUGUACCGGUGUGCAUAUAGAUGAAUACACACAUAGCUAGUAUAUUCACCCUAUGCAACACGCACACACACACGCACAGACACACACAUUAACUGUCUAGAGAUACAGAUAGAUGCGUGCACAGUCUGUAGUAUAUUUGCCCUCCUCAUGUUCGUGUAAACGAUGACACGCCUCUAGCACAUUUCCUGGCACACACAACCCAAUGCACCCACAAAAGCACACAAUGAAUAUCCUCUACUUGUCUGUACAUACCUUUACACAAGACAUACAUAUGCCAACACACGUGUGGUCCGUGUACCACAGCGGUGUGUACAAACCUAUAAUUAUAUAUAUAUGACUUGCAUAGAUAUACAUUCAGCAGGUUCUAGAGGUGUGUAUGUGUGUGUCUUGGGAAUGUAUCUACAUGCGUGUACACAGCAGAUGUGUGGCUGUAUCUGUAAUAAAACAUAGGGACAUGCAUAUGCCCUGUAGAUGUGUGCACAUUUGAUAAACGUGCUCACAAUGUCCUGUAGAUGUGUGCACAUAUUUGAUAAAACAGGUAUACAUGCAUAUAGAUAUUGUAGAUGUGUGUACAUGUUUGGAACAACAUAUAUGUACACACACAUACACUGGACAUAUCUUUGAUGAAACAUAUAUAUACUCAUAUAGAAAUGUAUACGUACCUCUGAUACAAUAUAUGCACACAUGUACACGGGGAAUGUACUGCAGCUGUGCGUAUGUCCCUUUGAAUACCCCAUAUACACAAGACAUAUGACUAGGCAUGUGUACUUAUGUUCUAGGCACGUGUACCUAUGUUUCAUGGCAAAGGCCCAGAGGGCUAUAUGCAGUAGUUGGACAAGUGUGCACGUGUCUUCAUCAAAAAAGAGAGGUGCCCUCAAAGAUUUGCUAAGAUGGGUGCACAUAUGAGCUGCACACGUGCACACGUAUGUAAGGGGAAUGUGGUAAGGAGGUGUGCAUAUGUCUUUCUAUCUCCAUAUGUCUCUAUACGUAUACACAGGAUGUGUCUCUUCCUCCUCCCAAGGAUUGCAGGCAUAUAUACUACAAAUGCUGCCCAUGUAUAUACAUGUUGAGCUAUGCACACGCAUGUGCACAGGUUGGGUAGAUGAUACUCCGCGGAAGGAGGUUUCUCUCUAGAACAGCCAUCUUCAAUAGCAAAUAUCCCACAGGGGGAAUAACUGGCAGUGGAUGUGUGUGCCCCACACACGUGUGUGCCAAAAAUACCGCAGGGUAUGUGUGUGCAUCUGCAUCUCUGUGUGUACACACAUGUCGAAAAUGCAGGGCAUAGAUGCUGCAGGGUGCGCGUGUAGAAAGCAUGUCAUAUUCACAUGACAUCCCUCUAUGUGUGUACUUGUGAAAAUGGCAGACCUUUCGCCUACCGCUGUAUUGACAUGUGUGCACAAAUGUAGAAAACACAGACACAAGUCUGCACACAUGUAGGGAUGAUGCCAUGUAUAUGCUACGGACAUGUGUGAACUGGGCCAGAUGCAUGUGACAUGCGUGUGUACCCACAUGGCAAAAACAUUCACUACACAAGCGAUCCCCAUGUAUUUGCAUGUAUUCAGACAUGCACUACAUGUGCCAUAUACAUGUGCAUCCGCUUGUGGAGAAGUGCACACUAUCCACACUGCAGAUGUGUGCUAAUGUGUGUGCACAAAUGUAGGUGCAAUAGACAUGUCAUGUAGAUGGGCCUCUAUGUGUAAGCACUUGUGUAGGAGACAAGAGGGAUACGUGUGUACCCACAUGUGUGCACACCUGUGAAAGACAUGCAGUAUACACAUGUACCCACUUGUGUGCACACAUGUAGAACAUGUGCAGUAUAGAUGCUGUAUACAUUUGUACCCCCAUGUGCGCACACAUGCUAUAGAUGCUUGUACCUAUGGUUGUGCAAACGUGGCGAACACACACACAUGCUAGAGACACUUGCACCUCCACGUGUGCACACAUAGAACACACGCAAUAUGUAUACUAUGUACUCUUGUACCAUACACCUGUGGCACACGCAGCAUGAUGCUACAGACGCUUGUACACUACACGCUUGCACGUGGGCAGCACUCCUCUACGCGGCAUCCAACGCUGCGGAAAAGAGCCCCCGAGACGUGGCAGACAUGUGCCAUGCCACGCGUGUGCACCCCCUCUCCCUGCCUGUCUUCACCCAUCCCCUCCAUCCCCCCAUGCAAAAAAAAAUAAGAAAAGGAAAAAAACCCCGUUUUCCGUGAACAAACCCAGCUUAGAUUUGACUCUUUUUGGGUGAACCCCCCACAAAAUGGCACAAACAAACAAGAAAAACAAGCCCUGAAGACUCCUCCGUCCCGCCCCCCCACGGCUGUGGCGUGUUGAAUACCCCCGUGCCCCCCCUCCGUGUCCCCCCCGGGGUAGUUCUGCUCUGUGAUGUUUCUCUCUGUGCUCUGUGGUGUGUUGGCCUAUGAAGCAGCCCCCCAAAACCUGUGAUUUUCUUUCGUUUUUAACCGUUUCCCCCUCUUCUCUGGGCAUGUGCGGUUCCGUGUUCCCUGCCCCCCCCUCCGGUUUUGCAUGGGGAGGCUCCGUGGUCCCGUGUCCCCCGUCCCCUUCGCAUGCCGGGCUCUGUAGACCCCGUUUCCCCCCGCACGGCAUGGGGGGGCGGCAGCUUCUUCAACCCCCACCCUCGGUUUUCGGGCCUCUGGGUGCGGAUAUCCAAUGGCCCCCCCACAUUCAGGCCUCUGCGGCCUUGGAUUUCUAACCCCUCUCCAUUAUUUGAUGCUGCCGGCGCCAGAUUUCCAAGGGCCCCGCCAUUUUCCCUGCGUGGCCUGGGAUUUCCAACGGCCCCGCCAUUCUUUUCUGCCAACGACACCGGAUUUGCAGUUUCCCCUCUAUUUCUCCUGCGGGGCGUUGGGUCUUUCCCAUUAUCCCUCCAUACUUGUGUGCCAACAGCUCUAUAUUUCCAACCUGUCCUCCGUUUUUCACGUGUGCGGCCUUGUACUUCCAACAUCCCCUUCAUUGUUUUAUGCCGGCGAUGCUGGAUUUCCAAGUUCCCCCUUAUUUUUUCGGGGGGGACCUGGGCAUUUCCAACUAUCCCUCCAUAAUUGUGUGCCAACGGCUCUGCAUUUCCAACUAUCCCUCCGGUUUUCAAAUGUGCAGCCUGGUAUUUCUAACAUCCCUUAAUUUCUUGAUGCCAAUCGUCCUGGAUUUCCAAUUUUCCUUCCAUUUCUUAUGCCGACAGCUCGUUAUUUCCAACGUGCCCUCCAUUAUUUUGUGCCAACAGCUCUAUAUUUCCAAUUAUCCCCCCACUUUCUGUGUGGGGAGCUCUGUAUUUCCAGCUCCCUGUCCAUUUUCUGCACGUGCGGCCUUGUAUUCCCCACAUCCCCUCCAUUAUUUUAUACCGACGGCUCUGGAUUUCCAUUUUUCCCUCCAUGUUUUCUGUGGGGAGCUCUGGACUUCCAGCUAUCCAUCCAUUUUUUGCAUUUGCGGCUUGGUAUUUCCAACGUCCCCUUCGUAAUUUUGUUCCGACAAGUUGGAUUUCCAAUGCCCCCCCCUUUGGUUGUGGGCAGCUGUGUAGUUUGAACAACCCCUCCUUUUUUUGCAUUCGUGGCCUUGUAUUUCCCACACCCCCUCCAUUAUUCUGUGCCGGCGGGUCUGGGUUUCCAGUUUGCACCCUUUUUUUCUCUUUGGACCUGGGUAUUGCUAAGUGUCCCUCCAUCAUUUGAUGGGUGUCCAACUCUGUCCAUUUUCUGCACGUGCGGCCUUGUACGUCCAACAUCCCCUCCAUUAUGUGUGCCAACGGCUCUAUAUUUCCAACAAUCCCCCAUUUUCUGUUUGGGGAGCUCUGGAUUUGCCACCGUUCCUCCAUUUUGGCAACGUGAGGCCUUGUAUUUCCAGCGUCCCCGCCGGUAUUUUGUGCAGACAGUACUGGAUUUCCAAGGUUCCCAGGGUUUUUUUCUGUGGGGAGCUGCGUAUUUCCCACGGUCCCUCCAUUCGCUGCAUGUGCAGCCUCGUAUGUCCAAGUUUUCCUCCGUUACCUGUGGGGGGAGCUCUGUAUUUCCAAUGCCCCCUCCAUUAUUUUGUGCCAACGGCUCUGGAUUUCCAACCUUUCCUCCAUUUUGGCAUGCGUGGCCUGGUAUUUCCAAUAUGCCCUUUGUUAUUUUAUGCCACUGUUCUGGAUUUCCAGUUUCCCCCCAUUUUUGUAUGUGGGGAGCUGGAUAUUUCCAAUAGUCCCUCCAUUUUUCGCACACGGCGCCUUGUAUUUCCAACGUCCCCUCCAUUUUGGGUGCCCACGGCACUAUACUUUUGCUGUGCCAGGCUCUUUAUGUCCAAAUUUCUCCCCUUUUUGUGUGGAUUGGGCUUCUGUAUUCCCAAGUUCUCCCUCAGAUUCUUGUGCCGGGUUGGUGCGUCCAGUGCCCCCCCAUUUGUCGUGCGCCGGGCCCUGGAUGUGCAACUUUCCCCUCCAUGGUUUGUGCUGGGCUCUGUAUUCCCAGCUUCCCCUGUGCUUCCACACGCCAUCCUUCCCCUGCAUGUUUUGUGUGUUGGGCUCUGUAUCCCCCUUUCCUCCCAUGUUUUUGCAUGUCGGUCUCUCUACUCCCAACUUGUCUAUAUUUUUGGUGCGUUGGGCUCUACAUUCCCAAUUUCCCCCGCCCCCGUAUUUUUGCAUGGCAGGCUCUCUAUGUCUCUCCACGUUUUUGCGUGCCAUGCUCUAGCUCCCCAACUUUCCCCCCAUAUUUUCAUGUGUUGGGCUCUACGUUGCCAACUUGUCCAUGGUUUUGUGCAUCAGGCUCUACAUUCCCAAUCCCUCCUCACCCCCGUAAUUUUGCAUGUCGGGCUCUCGAUGUGCAACUUCCUCUCCACAUGUUUGCGUGUUGGGUUGUACAGCCCCAACUUACCCAGGUUUUUGUGUGUGUCAUGCUCUAUACGUCCAACUUGCCCUCCGUAUUCUUGCGUGUUGGACUCAAUAUUACCAACCUUUCCUUGUUUUUGGGUGUCAAGCUCUAUAUUCGGAAGCCCUCUUCCAUCCUUCAGCGUAUUGGGCUCUGUCCACCCCGACCCCUCUCCCUUGGGCUCUCCACACCAAGAGGCUUCUCCCUUUCCCCAUUCCCGGUCAUUGCGGGCCCGGCUUUUGGGACCCCCCGUUAUCUAACGCUCCCUGUUUUUCUUUGCGUGUGCGGCGCUGGCUUGGUCCUUGCCCCUUCCCGCCCGCCCCCGGCGUGUUGCCCUUGAAGAUGACACGUGGCCGAGGGAUCCCCGUCCCUGGGGUCUCCAGCUCCGUGCUCCCCUCUGCCCCCCAGACCAUGUUGAAAGAGCAAAAAAAAAAAAAAAAAAAAAAAAAAUUAAAUUAAUGAUGAACAUGGAUGAAACAAUCCAAUGUCAAAACAAAGCAAAAUAAUGAAGUGUAAUUAAUUAUCUCAAGAUGAAUAAAAAAAGAAAAGAAAAGAAACGGGCUUCUGUUCAUA